UGCCUUUGAACUGAUUUUUGAGUCUUGACCCCCCUUUACCAUGCCUAAACAAAACCAACCUACCCGUGCUGUUGAUCGUCGUUUCAGCACGACUGCUUUCACCUUCCCAGGAUACGUCAUCGUACAAAGCCAUGGAGUUGUUCGAGGCUUGACUGUCCGCACACCCAAUGUAGGAAAAGCUGUCUUUGGUGCAUUUGCCUCGUUAGGAGGAGGCGAGAGUUUUACAUACAUUGAGAUGGCAGAAAAGGCUCGUGAAACAGCUUUUGUCCGCUUACUUGAGCACGCUGCUACUGUUGGAGGCAAUGCUGUCCUUGGUGUCCAAUUCACUGGACAAGAAGUCUGUGAGGGAAUGACGGAAGUCAUGGCGUAUGGAACAUCUGUAACAUUGGCUCCAGCACAGAGUGCUUCACAGCCUGCAUACCAACAGCCACAAAUUACAGCGCAACCUCCAUAUUCCCCAGAGGCUCCCCCUAAAAGUUAAAAAAUGGAAUCUCCAAGAAAUUCAUCAUCACAAUUUUUCAGGCGUUGCCCUCUUGUUUUCAAUAAAUACUCCCAUGCUGCACUGAUCAUGUGGAGAAAGCAUUAAUG